CCACCCGCGCUACUGGACACCCCAGUCCCUCCGAAUGCCGACAUCAUGGCCUCAAAUCGUCGCGAGCUGCCGCAUCACCCCAGGCCCUUAGCUGACCGUCGCACUCUCCCACAGACUCACGAUGUCCAUUCCCCGAACGACAUGGUCAUGGACACGGACGAUUACAUCAGCGUCGCCAACGAGCCCGAGAACGUUGCCAUCAUCAACCCCGAUAACCUCGAGCAUGGCGAAGCCGAUCAGCUGCAAGAUCUCCCCAUGGCCAACGACCAUGAGGCGAUGAAGGAGCUCUGCCUCCCACCGUUGAUCGAUGAACCCAAGAUCCUCGGAGACUACAACAAUACCUGGACCGUCGAGAACUGGCGCACUCUGAGCAAGAAGGAGCAUGGGCCUAUUUUCCAGGCUGGCGGCUUCCCAUGGCGCAUUUUGCUCUUCCCACAUGGAAACAAUAUAGAUCAGUGCUCCAUCUACCUUGAGCAUGGCUUCGAAGCCGAUGACGUCCCCGAUAAUUGGAGCUGCUGUGUGCAGUUCGCGCUCGUGCUAUGGAACCCGAACGACCCAAGCCUAUACGUCCAUCAUGCUGCCCACCACCGGUUCACCAAGGAUGAGGGCGACUGGGGCUUCACGCGCUUCGUCGAGCAUCGGCGUAUGUUUAAUGUACCAUGGGAGGGUGGUAGUCGGCCGCUGUGCGAAAACGACACGGCCAACAUCACCGCCUACCUUCGCCUAGUCGACGAUGAGACGGGUGUGCUAUGGCACAACUUUAUCAACUAUGACUCGAAGAAGGAGACGGGCUACGUUGGGCUCAAGAACCAGGGCGCCACCUGCUACCUCAACUCGUUAUUACAGUCUCUGUACUUUACAAACAAGUUUCGAAAGGCUAUCUACGGAAUCCCCACCGAGAACGACCCGAGCAUGCACAACAGCACUUAUACCCUACAGCGACUAUUUUAUCAACUACAGACCUCUGACCAGGCGGUGGGAACCAACGAGCUCACGAAAUCAUUCGGUUGGGACACUCGACACAUCUUCGAGCAACAAGAUGUCCAAGAAUUCUCUCGCAAACUCAUGGAGAGAAUGGAGGAGAAGAUGAAGGGAACCGAAGCCGAGAAUGUCUUGUCUGGGAUGUUCAGCGGCAAGAUCAAGACUUACAUUUCGUGCAUCAACGUCGACUACGAAUCUAGCCGUAUCGAGGACUUCUGGGACAUCCAGCUGAACGUCAGCGGUAACAAGAACCUUCUCGAGAGCUUCCAGGACUAUAUUCAGGUGGAGAAGAUGGAUGGCGAGAACCAGUACUUUGCCGGCGACGAGCACAAGCUUCAGGAUGCCAACAAGGGUGUCAUUUUCACUAGCUUCCCCGAUGUGCUGCACCUGCAACUGAAGCGGUUCGAAUAUGACAUUCAGCGCGACAUGAUGAUGAAGAUCAACGACCGAUACGAAUUCCCUGAAACGUUCGAUGCCGCGCCGUAUUUGUCCGAGGAUGCUGACAAGUCUGUCUCGUGGACGUAUCAGCUUCACAGUGUCCUGGUUCACAGCGGUGACCUUAACGCAGGCCACUACUAUGCUUUCCUGAAGCCUGCGCAGGAUGGCUGGUUUUACAAGUACGAUGACGACAAGGUGACCAAAGCCACGCUGCGGGAGGUGAUGGAGGAGAACUUUGGUGGCGAGUAUCGAACGGCCAACGGCUAUCCACGCGCCCCCCUGCAGAAGAAGGUCCCGAUCAUGCGCCAAAACAGCGCGUACAUGUUGGUGUACAUCCGCCAAACGCGCAUAGACGAUAUCCUCUGUCCAGUCACCAAGGACGACAUCCCGCUUCACCUCAAACAAAAAUUUGAGGAGGAAACAGCCCAACGUGAGGCCAGGAAGAAGGAGCAAAGAGAGGCACAUCUGUACAUAUGGGCCAAGGUGAUCACCGACAAGUCUUUCCAACAAUUUAGCGGAACCGAUCUAUGCCAGUUCGAUGCGAAUCCCGAAUCGGACCCAGCUGCGCCAAGCUACUACCGGGUGCUCAAAUCUAUGACGAUGGAGGAAUUCGUUGGACAAGUUGCGGCAGACAUGGGCGAAGAUCCUCGCAGGGUGCGGUUGUGGCUCAUGGUGAAUCGGCAAAACAAGACAAUCCGCCCCGACCAGCCGAUUAUGGACCUACGACCUACGGUAGACGAAACCUGCUCUCGAUCAGCCGCUCACCGGGAUUCAAGUCUCCGUGUGUGGGCUGAAGUUGCUGAGGAAGUCAAUGCGGAUGGUGAGGCAAUCUGGCCUUCGUAUCAGAGCCAGCAAAACGGCGUGAUUAUGAAGAACGAGGUCAUUUUGCUUCUCUUGAAGCACUUCGAUAUCGAGACUCAGUCUCUGAAGGGUGUUGGCCAUGUGUACAUCUCCAAGGAGAAGAAGGUGGAGGAGCUUGUUCCUCUUAUCAUGAAGAAGAUGGGUUGGGGAGACAAGCUACCAGCUGACGAGAAACUUUCCCUUUGGGAGUCUUUGAAGGUUGCAGAACUGCAGGACGGAGACAUUAUUUGCUUCCAGCGAAGUACAGAGCGCAAGGCCAGUCUGGAGAAGCGCUCUGGCGACAAGCCGAUGCAAGAAGCGGUCAACACAUCAGAGCACUUUGAGGAUGCGCGCGAAUAUUACGAUUUCCUUGAGCACAAGCGAACCGUCAAGUUCCAUCCUCACCCUACCCGGUGUGACCAAACUCAAUACCCUCCUUUCGAGCUGGUGCUCAACUCUAAGAUUACAUACGACACCCUCUCGGAACGGGUUGGAGCGCAUCUGGCUGUGCAACCCACUCACGUUCGGUUCUGGACUGUGAACGCAUCGACUCAGAAUCCCAAGACACCCGUGAGACGAGGAGCAAACCCAACACUGCGACAGAUCCUGAACCCGAUGGGCUCCACGGCGCUCAACUCAACCCAACGGAACGACGCAUUCUAUUUUGAAGUGCUUGAGAUGAGUCUCGCUGAGCUGGACACCAAGAAGAGCAUCAAGGUGAUCUGGCUGAGUGAGGGCAUCACCAAGGAGGUACGAGGGCAUGAUCAAUACGAUCUCCUUGUCCCCAAGACGGGUACAGUCGACGACGUGGUUGAGGCAUUGAUCAAGAAGGCGCAGCUACCGAGCGAGGCCGAAGCUGGUAGAAUACGGGUGUACGAGACCAGCUCGAACCGAUUUUACCGAGAGCCGCUUCGCGAGCAUCCUGUCAUGAACCUUAACGAGUAUGCACAGAUCUAUGCUGAACGAGUUCCUCAAGAGGAGGCGAACGCCGAUGAGAGCCACUUCAUCCAAGUUUUCCACUUCCAGAACGACGUCAGCCGAGUUCAUGGUGUACCUUUCAAGUUUUUGAUCGUUGAGGACGAGACGUUCGCCGAGACAAAGAAGCGGUUGGAGAAGCGAACUGGAAUCAAGGGCAAGAGCUUUGAGAAGAUCAAGAUCGCUGUGGUGCGACGAUCUAACUACUCGAAACCACAAUAUCUCAGCGAUGAGACAGAUGACGUAUUAUCAACCUUUAUACAAGGGGAGGAUGACUACCUCGGGUUCGACCAUGUAGACAGGACAAGGACGCUGAGGAACGGCGUUGGGGACCUGUUUCUUCGAUAA